AUUUAUUUUAUUUUAUUUCUUAUUUUAAUGUUUAUAUAUUUAUUGGUACUAGGGCCACUGAGCCACAUCCCCAGCCUCUUAUUUUUUGAGACAAGGUCUGUCUUAAGUUGCCGAGUCUUGCCUAGAACUUGUGACCCCCCUGCCUUACUCUUCCAAGUAACUGAGAUUUCAGGCAAGCAUCACUCUGCCCAGCUAGUUAAAUUAUUUUGAAGAACAAAUAUUCCACUGCAUGAGGAUAUAUUUGUUAUUUAUUUAGGUGAUUUCUGGGUUUGGCUUGGUUUUGGGUGUUCUAAACAGUUUUGCAAUGGUCACUUGUGCAUUUUUCUUUCCUCCUUUUUUUUCCCCCCCUCUAGUACUGGGGAUUAAAUCCAGGGCCUCCCAAGUGCUCUACUUCUGAGCUAGACUCCCAACUCCUUGUGUCUGUAUCUUGAUGGUCUUUCACAUACUUUCCAUAAGGAAACACUGGGUCAGAAAAUAUGUACAUUUAAAUUUUUGAAACAGUAAUAACACUAAUCAAGUCGGAAAAUGAGCUCACAUUGUAAUAACAGACAUAAAUCAAUACAAAACAAAACGUGAAGAAAACAAGAGUUGGUGACUGAAAGGACACAGAAGUUGCAGCCCUGAGUAGAGAGAAUCGAGUGCCAAGAGGGAGAAUGCUAUGUAACAAUAUGGACGGGGACUGCAGGAAAAAGCAUCAGCAAAUGCAAAAAUCCUAGGGACCGAAUGAACUUGACUUAGUGGGGAAGCAAUUAAGAAAGCCAUUAUGCUGUACAAUCAGCGGCUCAGGAGGCUGAAGCAGGAGGCUCAGGAGUUCAAAGACCGCCUAAGCAAUUUAGCAAGGCCCUGUCUCAAAAAAUAAAGGGCUGGGCGUGCGGCUCAGUGGUUAAGCGCCCUUGCGUUUAAUCUGUAGUUCCCAAAACCAAAAAGUAAAGUGUGGCUGGGGGUACAGCGGGAAUAGUAUGUCAGAGUGGUUAGGCAAGGACUCUAAAGUAAGGCCUGAAAGGCGAUGAUUAACAAGCAGUUCGGCUUUUGUUCCUACGUAAACUGGGAGGACUCGUUGAUUCUAAACACGAUCCAUAAUGAACAAAGAGAAGAAUGAAACCACUUACCAGCGAGGUGACAUUGGGCAAAUUCCUAACCAUGCUACAGCUUUUUCGCCCCCUGAAACGGUACAUCAGUCGCCACCACAAACCGCUGCGAAGGGUCCACAGUGAGGGCUUUGGGAACCGCAAAAGCGACUUUACCUGUCUUCCAGUACCGACUCCAUGGGCUCCACCCCAUCGGUGUUCACCGCGCGGAGCCGGUCAGCAAAGGCGACGGCUUUCUCCAGCCGCACCACCGCCUCGCGGCUGCCGAAGUCCACCAGCGCUAGACGUUCCAGGUGCUCGAUCACCUCGGCCGUGAUCCGACCGCUUCCCUGGGGUAAAGGGGAUGUGGGUCGCGGAGAGGCCUACGCCGUCUGUCAGCCACCCACCUAGACGCUCAUGGCCUUUACCUGAGAAUCCGCCUGGCAGGUGAAGCCCCGGCGCCCGCCCAGCGGGGCCCGAAAAGCCAGCCACACCGCCCGUGCGCACAUUUCUUCCCUUUUCGGUCUCCGUAGUGAGGCCAAACGAAAUGCCGAGCGACGCGCCUAAGAGUGAUGACAUCAGAGUGCGCCUCGUCGCCUCCGCCAUAGCCAUGAACAGCGUCGGGGAGGCAUGCACCGACAUGAAGCGCGAGUACGACCAGUGCUUCAAUCGCUGGUUUGCCGAGAAGUUCCUCAAAGGAGACGGCUCCGGGGACCCGUGCACCGAUCUCUUCAAGCGCUACCAGCAGUGCGUUCAGAAAGCAAUAAAAGAGAAAGAGAUUCCUAUUGAAGGACUGGAGUUCAUGGGCCAUGGCAAAGAAAAGCCUGAAAACUCUUCUUGAUAUUGACUGUCACCUUGAAAAUGGAUUCCUAUAUCAGGAAAUUGAGGACUCUGGAUUUUGUCAACUAAGGCUGUGAAGAUAGCUGUGGGAUUCAAUGAAUUUAGGAGGGAGUUGUUUUAUUUCUUCUCUAUUGAUGUUUUCCUCUCACUUGUAAAAGAUGAUGAACCACCGCUCUGCUUUGAGAUGAUUUCUCACUUGAUCUGGCAUCUUCCAGAACCUCAGUGGGCUAAAACUGAACAGUUUCUCGGGAUUAUGGUUGCAAUACAUGAUCUAGAAUCAGCUUUAAAUAUAUCUUGUAUAUAAAUUAUUGAUAAACUAGUCAAGAUGAUCAGGGUUGCCUGACUUCUUGGUUUUUGCUGCAAAAGACAUUAGGUACAUUGUACUGGGGUCAUUGUUCAUGAAAGCAAUCAGUUAGGACCUCUUUUUUCUCUCAGGUAGCUAAUGCUUUAAAACGGGAUCCAGGCACAACAGUCUCAUCUAAUUUAUUUUUAUAUAGUAACUCACAAAGAUUGUUGGUGGCCUGGGUUAGCAAAGAGGAAGACAUUUUUUAGCAGACAAUUUCCUGCCUUCUUGUCCAAUUAAGACAUGAAGCUUCAAGAAUGUUAAAAUGAACACCAUUUCAGAAUUCACAGCAUAGUUCUGGAAUUACGUUACUUGGAGUUGCUGUGGCAAAAGAUCCCAAACCACAAAAGUUUGCUAUUGCCAAUUAUCAUCCCAAGUUAAUAAAUUAAGUCAACCUGCAUAUAAUAAAAAAGUCAAAAUGCUGCAUCUGGUUAAAUGGAGGGGAAAGGUGCUUGCUUUAUUUGCCUUGUUUGCCCACCCUGCCCUAUAAUGCCUGUAAUCAUGAUGGAAUAAAUUUUAACAUUUAAUUUUUAUCAUUA